AUGGCGCGUUGGUUGGUUCCGUGUCUCCUCCUGCUUGUUUCAGUUCCAAAGGCUCUCCUCUCUGGGGUCUUCGAGCUGAAGAUCAACUCCUUCAGCAGCUCGCGCUCCAUCUGCAGCUUCCAGAACCCGGACCAGGACCCAGACCAGGACCCGGACUGCCGGAUCUUUUUCCGCGUGUGUCUCACGCACACUCAGAACGUGAUUAAGCUGGAGCCCCAGUGCACGUACGGAACCGGCGUCACCGAGAUCAUCACAGCGCACCCCAAGACCAUCUCCGAGAGCGCGCCCAUCCGCGUGCCUUUCUCUUUCAAGUGGCCAGGAACUUUCUCUCUGAUCAUUGAAGCCUGGACAGCGGAGUCUUCAGGUGCCGAGUCCACAGAGAACCAGAACAACCUGAUCAGCAGGACGGUGACUCGCAGCAAACUCAUCGCGGGCCAGGAGUGGUCUCAAGACAAGGACUUCAGCAAUCAGAGCGAGCUGCGGUUCUCCUACCACGUGGUGUGUGACGAGUUCUACCGCGGCUCGGCCUGCUCGGCCUACUGUCGGCCCCGAAACGACACCUUUGGUCACUACGACUGCGACCGCGAGGGGAACCGCCUCUGCUUGGAGGGCUGGAGUGGCGAGUACUGCUCAGACCCCAUCUGUACAGGAGGAUGCAGCGAGCAGCGCGGCUUCUGCGAGUCGCCCGGGAAGUGCAAGUGUCAGCAGGGCUGGCAGGGCGAGCGCUGCGAUGAGUGCGUCCGGCACCCCGGCUGCCUCCACGGUACCUGCCAGCUGCCCUGGCAGUGCAACUGCAAAGAGGGCUGGGGCGGCCUGUACUGCAACCAAGACUUGAAUUACUGUACCAACCACAAACCGUGCCAGAAUGAAGCCUCCUGUACCAACACAGGUGAGGGAAGCUACACCUGCGCCUGCCAACCAGGGUUCUCCGGCAAAAACUGUGAGAUUGAGACCAACGAGUGCGACAGUAACCCCUGCAAGAAUGGCGGCAGCUGCAAAGAUUUGGUGAACAGUUAUUCGUGUGCAUGCCCUCAAGGUUUCUAUGGGAAGAACUGCGAGAUCAGCGCCAUGAGAUGUGCAGACGGGCCAUGUUUUAACGGGGGAACCUGCGUGGAGACAGACUCUGGCGGGUACAGCUGCCACUGCCCGGCUGGCUUCACCGGCUCCAACUGCGAGAAGCGACUUGACAAAUGCAGCAGCAGCCCCUGCGCUAACGGUGCCCAGUGUCUGGAUCUUGGCAAACAGGUCAUGUGCUACUGUCGGCCAGGCUUCAAAGGUGCUCGAUGUGAGACUAACAUUGACGACUGUGCCAGUAACCCCUGCCGCAAUGCCGGCACCUGCAUGGAUGGCAUCAAUGACUUUAUCUGCACAUGUACUCUGGGUUUCUCCAGCAAGGACUGCUCUGUACGCAGCAGCCCCUGCAACCACUUUCCUUGCAACAACGGCGGCACAUGUUACACUCACUUCACUGGCCCUGUGUGCCAGUGUCCUCCAGGUUUCACUGGUGCACUCUGCGAAUACCCCUACAUCAAUUCCACACCUAAACCUCCACCAAACGAUGUCUCUCCUUCACUGAUUGCUGCCAUCAUCCUUGGUUUGGUGACUCUGACGCUGCUGGUGUGUGCCAGCAUCCACAUUCUUCGUCAGCUCCACCAGGGCAGGAAGCUUGCAGCCAUCUCCAGAUCCGUAAAGAACGAUUUGGAGACAGUGAACAACCGCAAUGCUGUGAUCGGUGGAGAAGUGCCAAACAAUGAGAGCUUACUGGGGGGCCCGCUAGGCAGCUUGACGGAAAAAAAGGCCUUUCUUAUUCCUGGAGGUCAAUAUAAAAUGUUCAGUAAGCGUGCAGCUCUGGUGGAGAAGAACAAUGGCAACAUGUCCAUGUAUAAAAACAAAAUGGCUGAUUGUAAUCUAGCAAAAGAGGAGCAGCACCUGGAAAAGAACAAGUUUGACCCUAAGAAAUGUGACUCACCAAUCAUCAUCCCUCCCCUCAGUUUUGCAAAGGACAAUCUGUAUCAUCCGGUGUUCAUCAUCCCAGAGCAGAUGGAGCCGUGUGUGUUUGCCACCGAGGUAUAACCGAGAGUUUUCAGAUUGCCAGCAGAGGAUGCUUCACGCUGGAAGGCCUGAA